UCCACUUUCCCUUUGAACAGAGGUCUGAAUUAUUUUAAACCAGAUACAGAAGCAUUUAAUAAAAUAGAAAAGAUGCCACGCAGACAGAGAAGCGCCUCGGCCAAGCCCAGCUCCAUGUGCAACCUGCCAGUGGUGCUGCCCACCACCCGGAGUUCGGAGAUGAUCUUGAGGGACGUGGCCGCCCAGGCGGCGGGCGUGGCAGCGGGGUCAGCUGUGGGUCACGCCAUAGGCGCAGGGAUAACCGGGCUGUUCAGGGGGCGCGGUCAGCAGCCGCACCACAGCGAUUUGGUUGAGGAGGGUCCUUGCGCCAGGGAGAUGAAGCAGUUCCUCAAGUGCACCGAGGAGAAUAGAGAUCUCAAUGUCUGCAAGGUGUUCCGGGAUGCGGUCCGCCGAUGCCAUCGUCUCUAUAAUAUUUAGAAAUCGAAAAUCAGUGAUUAAACUGCCAAAUCAGUUUCACCUUUAAAUAAAUUGUGGUCAUAA